AUGUGUCGCACGGCCUACUACGACCACCCUCUGUGCGGAUGCCGCUGGCUGGCCAUCGCCCAGCCCUGCGGCCCCGGCAUGGGCUUCUCGACCUGUCCCUCCUUCUUUUCGGGGUACGCCACACGCGCCGGCCACGGCUCCGGGUCCUCUGGGUACGGCACGUCGGCCCUCAAACCCAGUGUAUGGGAACUCUUUACGGGCCGCGACAUCCACCGCGAACGCCAGGCCGAACACGCCUGGUCGGCCGUGCCGUGCCCCGUCCACACGCUCGGCGGCGUCUACGACCGCAACUACCUGAGGCGCAUCCUGGACGUGCAGAACGGCAUGCGGCUAGGGACGGGACCGGACCCGCAGGAUUUCGGGCUGGAGUGCCGGUGCGAUGUGAUGUGA